AUGGAUGGGCUGUAUGUAGUAGCAACCUUCUCAAUCUCAAUUUUGUUCAUGUCCAUUUUAUGGUACAUCAAAACCUCACUAGAAAGAAGAAAAAAUCCUCCCCUGCCACCUGGUCCCCUCGGGCUUCCAAUUUUCGGAUAUUUGCCGUUUCUUGGCAACAAUUUAUUCGAAAAAUUCAUAGAAUUAGGACACAAAUAUGGUCCAAUAAUCAGUAUCUCUCUGGGGAACAAACUCUGUGUUGUGAUAAACUCACCAUCACUCGUAAAAGAGGUAGUCCGCGAUCAAGACUCUGUUUUCGCAAAUCGAGACAUUCCUGCUGUAGGAAUCGUUGCGACUUACGGUGCGAACGACAUCGUCUUCUCCGAGCUCAAUUCAAAGUGGCGUGCGAUGAGAAAAAUAUUCGUUCAAGAGAUGAUGAACACCAAAAGUCUCGAUGCAUCCUAUAAUCUUCGCAAGGAUCAGGGUGGAACUUAUAUUGGGGAUUUGCAUUUUGAUUUCUAUAUUUUUUUCUUGAACAAAUUUGAGGGUGGUGGUGCUUCGGUGGUGAUGGUGAAGGAGAGACAAGUGUGGAGUGAGGUGGAGAGAGAAGAAGAAGGAAGGGUGUCUCUUCAGAUGACUAAUCCACAUUGA